UUUUUUUUUAGUACGUGAACCGAACAUUCUUUAUAAAUUCUAUGUUAUAAUAUAGAUGCUCCGAGCCCAAUCAGCCGACGUUACUGUAACUCCGAUCUACCAGAAUUCUCUUGAUCCAUUUACUGGAUACCACCGAGAAAGUCCUCCCACAUGGCUAGCCAUUCGACACAAGACGCUGCUGGACGGCGUGAAGAUCAUGAUGAGAACGUUUUCCUCUUCGUACCCAACCUGAUCGGGUACGCCCGCGUUGUUCUCGCCGUCAUGUCCCUCUAUUACAUGCCCCUCCACCCACGAACAUGUUCACUAUUAUAUAGCGUCUCUUGUGUACUUGAUGCCUUAGAUGGAGCCGCAGCACGGCGUCUAGGGCAAUCAACGCGAUUCGGUGCCGUCCUGGAUAUGAUUACAGACCGAUGUACAACAACAUGCUUGCUAGUUUUCCUGGCGAGCGCAUUUCCCAGGUGGAGUAUUAUCUUUCAGGGCUUGAUUAGCUUGGACUAUUCAAGCCACUAUAUCCAUAUGUAUGCGACCUUGGCAAUGGGUGGAAACCGUCAGAGCCACAAACAGAUCGAUGAGAGUCGGCCAUGGGUCAUGCGGAUCUACUACUCUAACACAAAAGUCCUUUUUACGGUGUGCGCGCUGAAUGAGCUCUUCUUCAUUGCGUUGUAUUUACUCUCAUUCUCGUCGUCGCCAUUGACGGUGGACAAUGCGAGCUUCAAGGCAUCACAAUCCGAUCCUUCAACACUAUGGAGCUCCUCUUGGGGUGCUGGGGCAAUGGAGAUGGCCCGUGCCAAUAAAUUAGACGAAACUGUUCCAUGGUGCCUACUUUAUGUCUCGACGCCAUUUAUGCUCUUUAAGCAAUAUGUGAACAUGGUUCAGUUGAUAGAGGCCAGUAAGUGGCUUGUCCAAGGUGACAUUGAAAUGAGAAGGAAUGCACGGUUCGCGCAGAAAAGAGAUCAGUGACCCCUUGUAGCAGCUUGUACCUUGCAUUUACUGCUACCAGGACAGGGAACAUAGACAUAACAAUGAUUAGCAGAUAUACAAAAAAUGGCCUCGGUUAUUCCACACUUAUCCAUAGCUAAGAUGUCGUUGGACAUUCGCCCCGUUGAAUAUUCAGAAUGCUAUUUUAUAUAUCUCUCUCUUGAGGCCCUUGUGAAAAUAUGUGGCUUAGUGUAGUCAUCUCCGCGUUGUUUUGAAAGAGCUGGGAAACCCCUAUCACCUCGUUAUUCAACUCCACUGGCUUGACUAGUUCAUUUCAACGCUGGCGUAAUCUAUCACAGACAAAGAAGAACCUGAGUAGAUACUGACAUUGAUAAGGACCGGAACUUAAGGUACCGGAGGUCAUGAGCACCUUAGCCCAAAAAUGGCUAGUCCCAGAUUGCCCGUCAUCAAAUCCAAAGCCUGACUCAGCAAAAUUAGGUUUGCGC